AUGAGCAUAGAUAGGGACAGGGACCAAGAGGCGGCCUUGUCCCCACCUGCAGAUGGAACAUUAUCCCGUCCUCGCUCGGUGAUGGACCUCGCUAUCGACUCUGCAGGCGGCAACCCCGCUGGACGUCAAGUCCGAAGGAACUUGAUGGCCCGCUUCUCAGACCGCUGGGACACCUUACCAAGGAACUCUCGUAUCAUCCUGUGCCUCAAUGGCGCCAUGACCCUUGCAAAGGUUGUCGCUUCCACCACGGUCUUGAUCGUUGACAGUAAUGCCCAGUGUGCGAGUCUGAACCUCACGUAUCUGAAGGUGCUGAUUGGACUUUAUGCUGCGCGGUCAGCCAUGGCAUUCCCAUUCACGGUAUACUCUCAUCUGCACCCCCGGGUCCAAGGCGCACCAUUGACGGCUAGGGAUAUUAAUUUGGAGCGACAGCGGACGUUCAUGGAGGUCGCAGGAACGUGUCUCUUCUUCCUCUCCAACUAUUUUUUGUUCUCGGGGACGACAUGUCGGGAAGCGGCUCCGGCGGUUUUUUACCUUACGGUCGUCUAUGUUGUUUUGGGCUAUAUUGUCAUCCUUAUUCCAGUGAUUCUCUGCUUGACGGUUAUCCUGUGUCUUCCUCUGGUUCUCCGAGUGAUGCGGUACUUCAACCUUGGACCUGUUGUCGGAAUCAAAGGAGCAACAGACGAGAUGAUAGCCUCUAUCCCGAUUGUAAAGUACAGGACGCCGGCUACAGCACGAGGCUCUGGCGGUGCGGAGGCAAAUCAGAGGCAAAGCGAGAGUGCGAUUAAUAUGAGCGAGCGAGCUGGAGCUGGUACUGGUACUGGUACUGGAACUGGAACUAGUACAGGAACAGGAGCAGGAGCAGCAUCGAGUAGUCAUCCUGGAGGACAAAGCGCAGAGAUUGUGGCCGACCCAAUGUCGUCCUCAUCUGCGGCUGAAGAAGCUCUUCGAAGGCAGAAGGGAGGACUGUUCGGCUUUUUCCGCAAAGGCAAGAAGGGUUCGAGCUCGGGAGCGGCAGGCAAACCACAGGAUGCAGCAUCGCCUCAUGCGUCCAGUUCCUCUGCGGUAGAGUAUUUGACGUUGGAGGACGAGCAGGAUGCAGUAUGUGCGAUCUGUCUGUGCGAAUAUGAGGAUGAUGAGGAGCUGCGAAAGAUGAGGUGCACGCAUUACUUUCACAAGGAGUGUGUCGACGAGUGGCUGCGGCUGCAUCGGAACUGUCCUCUCUGCAAACGGGAUAUCGAGGAGCUUGCUGGCUUACGGGAACCGUCAGGAGUAGGAUCUUCUACUUCACCAGCAGGAGUGAGUCCAUCGACAUCGACACGGGGAUCAGCACCCGCAGGGCCGAGUUCUCCACCCUUCCGGAGAGCGACCAGUUAA